GCGUGCUCACGCGUUUGUCAGGCGCGCAGCCCCAAUCAGCGCGACUUAGACCACAACCACCAGUGUCGCGUCCAAACAUCACCAUCCGCCAUGUCAAACGUUCAGCUCACGGCCGGAAUAUGUCUUCGGCUUGUUGAUUCCUCUGAGAAUUACGAUGAGGUACUCAACUCCAAACCGACGAUGCAAAUACUCUCUGUAAAGAAAGUCUCCUCCCCAGGUGGCCUCAACCAAGUCGACAGGUAUCGUAUUAUCGUGUCGGAUGGAGAGCACUUCCUUCAAGCGAUGCUUGCAACACAACUUAACAAUUUGGUGGACGAAGGACACGUUGGAAAGUACUCCAUCAUACGUGUCGACAAGUUCACCUGCAAUCUUGUUCAGGAGAGACGCCUCUUGAUUGUAUUGGAUAUGCAAAUCCUAGUGAAAAAUCAUGAAAAGAUAGGCAAGCCCGAUAACGCGCAGCCAACCCCUGGGGAUGGUGCGAGUUCUGCUCAGCAGACACCUGCACCUCAUUCAGCAGCUACGCCUGCACCAGUGCCUUCAACGUCGACCAUAUCUACCUCUGCUCCUCAGCAGCAGCACCAACAACAACAGGGCCAAAGCAACCGUGCUGGUCUGAACAGGCAAAACAUCUUCCCUAUUGAGGGCCUCAGCCCCUAUCAAAACAACUGGACGAUCAAAGCUCGAGUUACAAACAAGUCUGAUGUCAGGACUUGGUCAAAUCAGCGGGGUGAAGGGAAAUUAUUCAAUGUCACUCUCAUGGAUGAGACCGGCGAAAUCCGCGGUACUGCAUUCAACAAUGCCGUCGAUGAGCUUUACGACAAACUCGAGGAGGGCAAGGUAUACUAUAUCUCCAAGGCCAAGGUACAGCUCGCAAAGAAGCAGUUUACAACUGUUUCAAACGAAUAUGAGCUAGGCUUUGAGCGUCACACCGAAGUCGAAGAGUGUCGCGACACACAAAGUCUGCCUACGAUUCGCUACAACUUCGUCCCGCUUUCUGGAUUGCAGGACCUUGUGAAAGACGCUAUUUGUGACGUUAUCGGUGUAGUCAAAGAAGUUGGCGAGCUCGGUUCAAUCAAUUCCAAGUUCGGCAAGACGGUCACAAAGCGAGAGCUCACCCUUGUGGAUAAGUCUAACUUCAGUGUCCGCCUGACGUUGUGGGGCAAGCAAGCCGAGCAGUACAGUGAGAUGAAUGAACCUGUGGUCGCGUUCAAAGGCGUCAAAGUGGGCGACUUUGGUGGUCGAUCUUUGUCGAUGUUCAGCUCGAGCAUGAUGACGAUCAACCCUGAUAUCCCUGAAGCCCAUGCUCUACGAGGAUGGUACGACGCCGGUGGAAAUCAAGCCAGCUUCCAAGCACAUUCGAAUAGCUUCUCCGGCGCUGCCGGUGGUGCAUUGUCCGGAUUCAACCGCUCAGAGAUGAAGUCGCUGCAGGAGGUAAACGAUAUGCUGAGCAACACAACGACAGAUCUAUCGGAGAAGCCUGUGUACUUCUCUGCUCGUGCAACGAUCAUGCACAUCAAGCAGGAGAACGUCGCCUAUCCGGCGUGCCCUACCUGCAACAAGAAAGUUUUCGAGCAACAUGAUGGCUGGCGUUGUGAGAAGUGCGAACGAAGCUAUGAGAAGCCUGAAUACAGAUACAUCAUCACAAUGGCUGUUGCAGAUCACACCCAGCAGGCAUGGUUCCAAGGAUUCAACGAAGCCGGAGAAGUCAUCUUCCAUCGUCCUGCCAACAAGCUGAUGGAAAUCAAGUUUGAGGACGAGACGAAAUUUGGUAAAGUGAUGGAAGAAACCAUCGGACAACAGUUCAACUUCACGUGUCGUGUUAAGCAGGAAACCUAUAACCCACGAAAUUGCGAUAUGGUGUCCAGAAAGUCCUCCCGCUCAACUACGUAGAAGAAUGUCAGCACUUGAUGACGUUGUUGAAGUCACCUUGGGCUCAGUAGACUGUCCUCGAAGUGUGGGGUUCGGAACUGGCUCGUACACCCAUAUGUACUUCUGUUCUGCUGUUGCUUUGUCUGAUUGAAUGUUUUGGCGAUGUACUAUAGGAUGUUCCAUUAUGAUCAUGUGUAAUAUCGAUACCUUGACCUAUACAGGAUUGCUACCCAGCUCUUCCUCGAUCCGUACCCCUCGGUAGGUGACGAUUCCAUUCACAGGGGCACACCUGAAUUAGAGGUCGGUUCGUGCGGUUAGUAGGACCAGAAGUGCGGCGCUCACUCACCUAAGCUGCCGCGCCAUUCUGCGGCGUUCUUGACAGGCACAAUUGACAUUCAGUGCUUUGGCUCUAGCUGCGGGCCGGAUGGGACUAGACCAAUGCUACGGAUACACACGUCGAAAGCGUGUCAACUUAUGCUUGUUCGCUGGCAGACCCAUGCACGCUGAACCCGGAUCUUUGACUGUAUGCCAAAGGUCAAAAGGCCAAAGUAUCCAAGAGAGUAUAAAUACUGAUCGUGUUAAUAAGCCACCGCACCACACAACAGUCACUGUUAACCUUCAAACUUUCUUGUGAAUAUGUCCUCUCCCGCCAACGACAUGAGCAACUCUCUAAAGAAACUCAAGGCUCUCAAAGGCAAGGAAAUGCAACAAGACAAAUCAACGAUUAAACAACUC